UAAAAAGACCUCAGUCUAUGACAAGCCAAGUUAACGAACGGAGGUAGUCUUUUCACGCACUUAACCAAUCUUCACUGGAAUAUCACUGUUGACGAUGACAAAACCUCUUUAACUUAAACAAUCACGCACUAUUUCAGAAUAUACAUUUAGCAGUCAGAUCGAUCAGCUUAUUUUAUCAAUUUAAACAAAAUGAGUUCGGAUGAUGAAAAAAGUGAUGGAGCAAAUGGGAUGUUCAUGCGAGCAGCAGAUAGAUACCCCAGGACACCAAAAUGUGCCCGCUGUAGGAACCACGGUGUGGUAUCAGCACUGAAGGGCCACAAACGGUACUGCCGCUGGAGAGACUGUGUUUGCGCAAAAUGCACCUUAAUAGCAGAAAGACAGCGCGUGAUGGCGGCACAAGUUGCGCUCAGGCGCCAACAGGCGCAGGAGGAGAAUGAGGCACGCGAACUUGGGAUGCUGUACGGACAAACUGGAUUGCUUCAGAUCAAUCCUGAAACUGUCAGCAUGUUUCCCGAGGCCAAACAAUACCUAGAAAGUAACAAGGUCAGAGACUCAUCUGACGAAUAUCCUGCCACAAAAAAGCAGAAAAUUGAGGAUCACAGGGAGGAAACACAACAAGAGACUGGCCGACCGGACUCAAGAUCUUCAACACCAGAUGGCGUUGACCGACCUAGGUCCCCCGAUGAUUCUGCGGGGUCCCCUGAACCGUCCCCAAGGUCGUGUGAUCCUCCAAGCCCAAGAAGUCCCACCUCAAAAUCUGACUCUAAAUCUCCCUUUGAUGAGAGCACUCUCGCCCACUAUGGCGGAAACAAACGUCAGCCGAUUGAGAUGUUGUCUCGUAUCUUCCCGCAUAUGAAGCGAAGCGUACUUCAGCUGAUUUUACAGGGCUGUGGUGGUGACGUUGUGCAAUGUAUAGAGCAAAUUCUAAACAGCCAUGGCGAAGCGAGCGGUAUGUCAUCACACUUUGCCGGAAGUCCUUUAAUUACCCCUCAUGGUAUAUCAAAUCCUCUUGGUGCCCCAUCUCUUAAGUCAGCAUUUUCUCCCAUAGCGUCCUCCAUAGCUAGUGCCCAUUCGUUGAACUCCAUUCGUAACGCCUGGGGUAGCAUGAGCCGGGGACUUCUUGCUAUGCCCUACCCACCUGCAUUUCCUGGGCUAACUCUGGGUAGUAAUUAUUCUGCUUACAACGGACUCACAACUGAUAGUGCAUCCAAACCAUUCCCUUACACCAUGUACCCAUACUGUCCGACAAAACCCUUUACUGCUUCCACCAGUGACAAGUCUGGAUGCCUUGGCGAAUGAAAGGAACAAUUCGGUGGUUAUGUUGAACUGUAAAGGGGUGCUCAAUCAAAUGGCACGUGUGAGAGGCAGGACGUGAGUAAUACUCCUUAACUUCAUAAAUGUCUCAAUGAUAAGGAACAAUUCUGACAGGUUCGUGGCUUGAACAUUGAACAGGUGUUUCUUAUAUAUAAGUGCUUGUCAAAUGCACCGAAAGUGUUCAGCUCUAUUUCGAAAUUACAGAAUCAUCAUGACAUUCAGUAUGUAGACAUGUAGACUUUCUACCGACAUACUCCAUUGAGAAGUAAAUGAACAUUUUUUACUUUUUCACAUACCGAAACAACACCUAUUUAUGGGUGAAAAUGCAAUGAAAUUUGAUAAGAACAAUAAAUACCGAAAACUACCGAGAACUCAUGAAUAUGACUGAAAGCUUCUGAUAACUGUCACGAAAUAAUGUCAAGAAUCAACGUACAAAUGCCAAGCUAUGGUUUGAGGUUGUUUGACAGUGACUGUGAACAGUGUUUACCUGUCCACGGAAGUAAAUAAGAACAAUUAAUGAUUGCAGCAUAUCUGUCUCUCAUUAACAUAUAUUGUGAACAGGAAUAUGUUCACAUUUAUAUAGAAUUAUUUAUUCUUAUUAUUUAUGAAUAUUAAAUAUGAAUUAUUGAAUGGGAGGCAACAUGUAUCAUAUACGCAUGCGUAGUUUUUGUUAUGUAAGUGUAUGUAAAUUGGAAUUGAGACUUAAUAAGAGACCUUGAUAAGACUUUUGUUUGAGAAAAUAUCACGUGUAAAAUCGAUGAUCAUCGUGAGCACAUGAACACAGAUUGACAAUUGUGCAAUAAGCCAUCGUGACUCGCACAUAGCCGCAUAUGGCUAUUUAUAAUAAAGUUUGAAAGUGUUACAUUAAGUCAGUCAAUAAUCCCAGUCAGGGUAACACAGAGAUCGUCAAUUAUUAGGUAACCAUUGUACUGUUCACGUGUAUUAUUGUUACAUUGUCACAUAUAUAUUUGUUCGAUUGUAAAAAGGAUAUGUAGUUAUAUUUUUUCUGAUUAAAUUACCGAAGAAAUGAAAUGUA